AUGUCAACCAAGGAGCAUCCAGAUAAUGGCCUGCGAGCCAAAUUAGGGUCUAUUCUGCCCAAAGUUCGCCAAUUCACCAUCUUUCAUCUCUCCACGCCACCAACCAAGAGCGCAGCCCUGUACUCUGCGCCGCCCAACCAACGACCCGACCGGACUUUUUGCGAGAGCCACUUUCUGGCCGUGUCCAUCAAAACGCCCGACGAGCACGGUGCUGCUGCCGCGGACGAGGAGCCAAAAGAUGUUCUCGUUUUUGGCAUCGAGGUCCUCCUCUACUCGACCAUGCAUACAACGACCCUCUUCGUCUCCAAAGCCGACUCGACUGGAUACUUGAACUUGUUGAGGCUCCCCAAGGGCACACCAAGCCCCAUUCGGGAGGUUUGCGGUGCAUUUCUGUCACAUCUGGUGGAAAAUCGACGACGCAAGGAUAAACAAUUCAUUGUCAGCCUGUUUGCCCGCGCGCAAUCGCAGUACCUUUUCCCGGGAAGUGUCAAGAAUAGUGGAAAGCACAUUUUGGACGACCGCGGCUUGGUUAAGUGGUGGUGCCGCGUCCUCAGUCCGCUACUAGAGACACCUCCCGAGGGAGACUUGGCGCCUUGGGCCAGCGUCAGGGGCUAUCUUGUCGUGCCGGGCUUGGAUGAAUACGAGACGAGGGCGUUUCUGCCUCGCGCACAGCUGCCCUCGUGGUCACUCACACACCCUCUCGAGAGAAUAUCACACUAUACAAAGGAGUUUGACUCGGUACCACCGCGUUGCUUGAUUCCCCGCUACCCCGACGACCCAAAGUCGCGGUUCAGGGAUGAGCUAGACGAGGAGGCCGCGCAGUCGGGCGGUAUGCGCAAGACCGGCACGUGGAAGAGCGCCAAGACGCUCGAUUUGUUCUGGGAAAUGAUGGCCUUUCGACAAGAGUGCUCCAGCGGCCGCCUGACGGGCUUCAUCUGGGUUGUGUUUGAUGACGACGCGGCCGAGAGUGGCGGGCCUCGCACCGGGUCAGACACGCCGCGCCGCGCUGGCCCGCCUGCCCAGUCGGCUGCGGCCGCCUCGACGCGCACGCAGGUCAAGACGAAGAAGAAGAAGGCCAAGAAGCUACGUGGCGUCAUCAUCACGCGGCCGCCGCGCAUCAAGACGGAGCAGAAAAACUACAUGCUAGCGCGGUGUCCGGUGUCAACGCCACACUACGUCUGGCCGACGGGCGGCCGCGGCGAGCGUGUCGUCAGCGAGGGCGCGUACAGGCGCAUCGUGGAACUGCUGCUGCACCUCGACUUUGCGACGCUGGACAAGGCGGCGGGCAGCACGCGGCGGUGGGUUAGCGAGGUGGCCAUGGGCAGUGCCUGGGGCUACGACGUGACGGGCACGAUGGAGGUUCCCGCGGCGGUGACGGAGAAUGGAGAUGGGGCGGUGAAUAACUUGUCGGGCUUUGUGAAGAGAAAGAGGGCCGCGGCGGACGCGACGGAGCCAGCAGGGGACGCUGGUGUUACUACGCUCAGCGCAGGACUUGUGAGGAAAAAGAACAAGCCGGAGGCGCCUGAGGAGGCGCCUGUCCAGGUCCUCUCUGCCGGGCUGGUACGCAAGAAGCAAAAGGCGUAA